AUGGCAGCCACGCAGGACACGCCCAAACGCCAGCGCGAAGAAGAUGUCGCCACACCGCCGGCGUCGAAGCGCUCAAGAUACGACUUUGUCAAUGCUGUGAAAGUGGUCGCCGGUAGUGGCAAAAAGCAGAAGAUCUUCGUUCUCCACUGCGAGGUCGUCUGCAGACGCUCGCAUUUUCUCAAGCAAAAGUGCCUCGAGCUUGACACCAAGGAUGAUGCGGACAGAGUCAUCGAGUUGCCAGUUGUGACGCCAGCAUCUUUCAAAGCUUACGCCAAGUAUCUUUACGAAGAGGAUUGCGAGUUGCACGUCUCAGUGUCCUCCAGACUCAUCCCGUUGAGCGAAUACAAAGACCUGUUCGAGAGGAUGCGCGUCCUGGGAAAAUACUGGCAGAUGGGAGAUAUUCUCCAGGACGCCGUGUUCACCAACAAGACCAUCGACAGCCUAAUUCUGCUCAUGCUCGAAGUCGACCGCGCGCACCUUGCCGCCUUUGCAGCCACAGCUGGCCUGACAGUCCCCGAAUUCCCCAAGCUGCGGAGGCUUGCCGUUGACGUUUUGGCCAAGCGCGUCACAGCCACUGACAUGUGCUGUCUUUGGCGUCUGAACCGUGAAUUGAUGUGGGAAAUCCAAGUGGCAAUGCUGCGACUGCGCGACUCCCUGGCGGAGCAAGUCCCGGUCAAUCCUACGUGGCUGGAGGAGCAUCGUCAGAAAGUUCUUGAAGAUGAUUAG